CCAGCGCGCCCAGGGCUCCCGCCCCGGCCCGGACUACAGCUCCCGGCGUGCUCCGUCGCCGCCGCCGGCCGCCAGCGCGGCCCUUCCCGUGGUGCUCCGGGGCGGCUCCCGCGCGUCGCCUGAGGGGCCGCCGAGUUGCCGCCUGCUGCCAAGUUUUCCUUGGGGCCGCGGCAUGGCGGGCGCCGCCCACUGCUCCCUGCGGGUCAAGCGCCUGCUCUUGGACCCCAAGUUCGAGGGCUACAAGCUGUCCCUGGAGCCGCUGGCCUGCUACCAGCUGGGGCUCGACGCGGCUGUAGCAGAAGUAAAACUUCGUGAUGACCAAUAUACCCUUGACCACCUGCGUGCUUUUGGCAUGUAUAAUUAUCUUCACCUUGAUUCCUGGUACCAGGAUAAUGUCUACUAUGUUGAUCAGUUUGGAAGGGUUAUGAAUCUGUCAGUGACUCUGGACACUGCUCUACAAAAACCAAGAGAAGUUUUCAGGCUACCUACAGACUUGACAGCUUAUGAUAAUCGCCUUUGUGCCUCAAUACACUUCUCAUCUUCCACGUGGGUUACCCUUUCAGAUGGUACAGGCAGACUGUAUUUAAUUAAAUCAGGCAAACGUGGAAACAGUGCAUCUGAAAAGUGGGAGAUUGUGUUUAAUGAAGAGCUAGGAAGUCCAUUUAUUAUAGCACACAGUGUUUCAUUUGUAAAAUCUGAUACGCAUUCCAUAGCUGUGCUGAUGCUUAGGGUGGAAAAAGAUGAAUUGGACACAAAAGGAAGUGAAUUUCAUAUUACUUUGGAAUGGGCUACAAUUACAGAGAUAAGCAAAGAGGGUGAUCAUAGAUAUGAAAUCUUUAAAAGGAGAGUUUUACAAGGAAAAUCAGUCCCCCAUUAUGCGGCAAUAGAACCGAAUGGGGAUGGUCUAAUGAUUGUUUCCUACAAACCAUUCAAAUUUAUGCAAGAUGAAGAUGAGAAAUUAGAAGAAAAUGAUGAUGCAAAAGCAGCAAAUGAAAAGAAAGACCCUCUCUAUUACUGGCAGCAGACUGAAGAUGAUGUGACAAUAACAGUUCACGUUCCUCAAGACAUCACUAAGGAUGACAUAAAAGUGCACUUUUCCCCUGAUAACAUAUGUGUUACACUGAAAGACCAGCCUCCUUUGAUGGAAGGAAAACUCUAUUCAUUUGUGGACCAUGAAAGCUGCACAUGGAUAAUUAGAGAGAACCAAAGUUUAGAAAUUUCUCUAAUCAAGAAAAAUGAGGGAUCCCACUGGCCAGAGCUAAUAGUUGGUGACAAAAGAGGGGAAUUCAUUAUGGACUCUUCCCAAUGCUCUGAAAUAACAGAAAGCCUGAUGCAUCUUACCUCUGAAGUAAUGAAUCCAAACCCUGAAAAGGAAAAUCCACCUUGUAAUGCUCAAGAACUAGAAGAAUGUGAUGCUUUUCUUGAAGACAGCGCAAGCUUGUGCAGGUUUGAUGGUGAUACUUUGAAAGUCACUCAUGUAAUUAAUCUUGGAAGCAACCAGUAUCUUUUCUCAGUUGUUGUGGAUCCCAGAGAAAUGCCAUGCUUCUGCUUGAGGCAUGAUGUUGAUGCUCUUCUUUGGCAGCCCCACUCUGACCAACCAGAGAACAUGUGGGAACACAUUGCAACUUUUAAUGCUUUAGGUUAUGUCCAAGCAUCAAAGCAAGACAAGAAAUUCAUGGCAUGUGCUCCAGAUUACUCCUACGCUGCUCUUUGUGAGUGCUUGCGACGAGUUUUCAUCUAUCGUCAGCCGGCUCCUCUGUCCACAGUUCUCUACAACAGGAAGGAAGGAAGGCAAGUAGGACAGGUUGCUAAGCAGCUAGUAGCAACCCUGGAAGCCACUGAUCCUAUCUUAGGCUUUCAAGCUACAAGUGAGAGAUUAUUUGUUCUCACAACAAAAACCUUGUUUUUAAUAAAGGUGAACUCUGGAAAUUAAUUAUUCAGUAUAUUCUGCUGUAGUUUGUGUUAACAAUUUAUUAAAGAACUGGCUAGGUAAAUCAUCAGAGAAGUUCAGUACAAUUUGAUGGAUUUAAAAAGGAGAUAUUUUACAAGGGACUCAAAAUUUUUCAUUAUAAUUUGUCUGUAAGGUAGUGAGAAAGUUUUUCAACUUUGCUGUCACUGAAGUAAGCUUUUUCAGAGCUAUGGGAAAUUGUCUUCUGCACUACCAGCUUUCUCAAAGCAGUUGUCAGAGGCUGCUAUUGCAUAGGUGAAUAAUUUAUGCAUUGUUUUUUCCAAAUACUCUGCAAUACUUCUGAGGUUUGAGAAUUCGCUUCUGUUUUUGAAUACCAUUGUUUACCUAUGAAAGAAGUAGUCAGAUAAAGAGAAUAAAGCCUUGAGUUACAAGCAUACGAUGUGCAAAAUAAAAGUGUGUAUUAUAAAAAAAUAUCCCAAAUUAAAAUACUAUAGACCAAAAAAUGAUUUAAUAUUGCAAUAUUCAGUAGUAUUGAGUGAAAUGUGAAUUGAAUGAAUGGAGGAUUAUAUUUCUUACACAGGUAAUUAUUUCAAGUGGAAUAAUGUAAUUGUAUGCACAGAUUUUAGAUUAUUGAUUUGGGACUUAAUCAUGCUUGCAGUGUGAUGUUCACAUUUUAAGAUACACUAGAGUAACUUUUAGUAGCUUUCUCCUGAAGCAAAGUAAGGGUCAGUGUGUAGCUGGUGAUUACAUAUUGAAUGAUAUUAGUUAAGGUCUAGUUAUACUCUCGGUUGUGUUCAUUUGACGUUGUACUUCAUCUCAAGCAAAUAAUUUACAAUUAGAGAAUUACUAACAGAAAAAGAACCUGUAUUAUAACCUGAGAUGGGAAACUCAGAAGUACUGCUUCUGCCUCAGAUACUGCUGUAAAUACUGUGUUAUUAGUUAACCAUUCUGUCGGUGAUGCGCAAGUCUAAAUGUAUAUUUGCAACAUAAGAGUACACAGGCCAUGAGGAUGCUUCAUUUUAACAAACUGGCAUGGUUAAUUGCAUUGAAUAGUUGUAUCUGAAGAUUUUUGUUUCUUAUUUUAAAUUGACAUUGUCAGUACAGUUAAACCAAAAAAGGGUUGGUUGUGACAGCUCCACCCUGGGUUGCUUUGGGUUUUUUUUUCAGUUUGCUUAGGACUUUGUAGCAAAGAAUGCCUAACAUACAGUGUACUGGCAGUAAAGCUGCUGUGAUCUGUGAUAACCAAAGUACUGAGAUAGAGGCAAAUACAAGUGAUUUACUAGUUUGCAUCUCUUCCAGUAUUAUUUUAGACCUUUGUAAGAAUCUAUUGAGACGAAAACAAGUGUUCCUUUUUUAUGGACUAAGUUUCUUAGUUGUGAUUGUUUUGACCCUCCUAUAAAUUCUCCAGACUGGUAUUGGUGAAAUGAUUAAAUAAUAUAGUGAGAAUUUGAGAGGGAGAAAUGCAGGUUGUGGCUUGCAAAAAAACUCCAAAUGUAGGAGCUUUUUAAGGAACCUGCUUUUCCUCCUGCUUUACAGAAGUAUUAUACUGUAUAUCCAAUACUGAAAAGUUUUUUCCUUACUCUUUCCUGGGUAAGUUGAUUUUCAGACGUUCCUUUCUCAUUCUGUUUUUUUAAAGCUGUCUUGAAAAUGCUUUUUAAAGAGACUCAGUGAAUGUAUUACUGUUUCAUGACUGUUUUGCAUCUAAAUUUUCAUCAUUGGGCAAUAAUGUCAAACAAGGUGGUAGAAUUCAUGCAGAGGUCCUUUAGAAAAGAUUUUAUGUAGUUGAUUACUUUGCAGUGUAAAUUGUGUGCUUACUAACCUGAGAUUUAAUAAUUGGGAAUGCAGAGUUCUGAACACAGGUUUAGGGAACUGAGGAAUGAAGGAUUCGUAGGCAACAUGCUUUCGUCACCUCGGGUACGUUGCAGGAAGCUUCAGUAUAGAUGAGAAUUUCAGCUGUUCCUUGUCAGAUUCUCCUUCUUGUGGGUUAGGUGUCUGGAAACAUACUUCUGCUGUCUCCUGCAACAGGGGAAACAGUCAAGCCUCUUCAGAGGCUGCAUUACAAUAUGUAAUGACAAAACCUCACAUUCUGCCCAAAUGUCUGUCUGUUUCAUGUGAGUUCUUGUUUGCCUCUGGGAACAACUGAACAUGGAGAAGAGGUUCAACCCUUUUUCCAUGUUACUCAUGUAUUUGCAAUCAUGGUGUUCCCAAAACUGAUAUAUCAGAGAGUCUCUUUCAUUUUGCUUUCUAUGAGAGUUGAAGACAUUUUAUUAUUUAAAAGAUUCAUUGCCUUGAGGAACCUUGCAUGCUGUUGCACAGCAAGCUACGAUAAUUAAAUGGCUGCAAGCCACAGGGAGGCACUUCCUGUCAGCAUUCCCAUUUCUCUGUUCACUUAAUUUUAAGGCUUAUUUGUUUAGCGUAUUAAUGUAGGCUUACAGAGUAUAGAAUGUAGAUAUUUAAAAUAGGUGGUUUUCUGAGAACCAUUCUUCAAUUUUUCUAGGUUUUUAUUUCUUGAAAUUUUACAUUUAAGACACAGUACUUCCUGAGAGGUCCCAAUCAUGAUCUGUUUACAGAUUUUUUGAGAAAAUAUUUGGCUAUUACAAACUUGCAUUAUUUAUUUCUAAUAUUCUUUUUCACUGUUUUCCUUGGCUGUGUAUUUGGAAUGUAUCAUGUAUUCUUCUACAAGGUUAAAUAAAUAGAAAAAUAUUAAAUUUAUUAAUAAAGGGGUUUUUUAAUUA